UUCAAUGUGCGUGUGCACCAGGUUCUUGAUGCGCUGAAACCUGCCCGUCGGCCAUCAGUCAUCGAAUUUUUAAUGCAAAUAAACUGUUUUGGAAACGUCAGGAUUAACAGGUUGAACUUGUCUCUUCCAACCAGAGCAAUGCCUUAUUGCACCGCAGAAAUCCACACGGAAGUUAAUGUCUUACUAAGCUUAUGCUUGAAAUCGGUUUAAAGCAUUUAAUCGAAACUUGAAGGAUUAACGUUCUUUAUCUAAGAGGCUUGUCCCAUUCAUCUGCCAAGACAUAAACAUGAAUAAAACGAAGUUUAUGAGGCUGAUCGUCGGCUGCUUGGUUGUUGUUGCCAUGGUGAAAGUAUUCUUUGGUCCCAGCAAUGAGACACACCAUAAGAACCAUCAGGUCAUGCAGAGCGGGACCUUUUGGUCCAAACACGGUGGCCAGAAGCAGAAUGUGGCUGAUCGUCAGGAGACUCCUUUCAACAACGAGCUACAAAUAGACAGCAAUAACAAUGAGAAGGAAGAAGUGGUCGCCCAAGAAGUCAUACAAGCUGGAGACAAUAGAGAGACAGGUCCACAAAGGAUUGUGCAUUUAGAUCUGAAAGGUGCCCCACCCAAAGUCAAUUAUCUAGAACAGAUAUUUCCUUUAUUCUCAAAAUUGGGUGCCAAAGGAAUAUUGCUGGAGUAUGAGGACAUGUUUCCUUAUGAGGGGGACCUUGAGAUUCUCAGAUCAAACAAUGCGUACAGUCUGGAAGAGAUUGAGAAAAUAAAGUCUCUGGCUAAACUGAAUCAUCUUGAACUGAUCCCUCUGGUGCAGGUGUUCGGGCACUUGGAGUUUGUCUUAAAACAUGAGAAGUUUUUCCACUUGAGAGAAGUUGCAUCUUUUCCCAAUAGUCUAAACUCUCUGGCUCAGGGAAGCAUGGACCUGGUUAAAGACAUGUUAUCGCAGGUUAUGCAGAAGCACCCGGAGUCUCGGUGGUUUCACAUUGGAGCUGAUGAGGUACGUGGUCUGGGCGAGAGCGAGGACUCAAAACGCUGGUUGGAAACUCAUAACGGAGACAUGGGAAAGCUGUUCCUCAAUCAUGUGACCGCAGUGGGGCGUUUUAUGACGGCGCAGCAACCAGGAAUCAGACUCAUCUUGUGGGAUGACAUGUUUAGGAAACUCAGCCCUCAGUCUAUAGAAGAAUCAGAAUUACACAACCUGGCUUCCCCCAUGAUAUGGGACUAUCAUCCAAAUUUGGACGUGAAUGAGAUAAGUAACCUUAUCCAUAAGUAUGAGCAAGCCGGAUUUCAGACUGUGUGGUUCGCGAGCGCUUUUAAAGGAGCUUCAGGGAUCGAUCAGAUGUUGACUCCAAUCGCUCAUCAUUUUAAAAACCACAUACAGUGGGAUAAAGUCAUUCAAACUAUGUCAGAGCACAAGUCUAUAAGUUUCCAGGGCAUUGUGCUGACCGGCUGGCAGAGAUAUGAACAUCACACAGUGUUGUGUGAACUGCUGCCGGUGGCCCUUCCAUCUCUCGCUGUUUGUCUUCAGACACUUAUAUAUGGGGAGUUUAAUGAGGCGGCACAGAGUGAUGUCCAACACAUGCUGGGCUGUGAAGUCCAGCUGAAUCAAAACAAUUGUAAGGGUUCAACCUUUCCAGGCGGUGACAUCUAUGAGAUGGUGAAAAAGAUCAACAGCAGUCUUGGCAGUUCGAUUCAAAAGAUUAUGAAAAGCUACCACAUCAGAGGGUCAUUUAGUCCUUAUCAUCGCAAGCGCAACUUCGCAAACCCUCGGAAUCUUGGAUUUUUCCAUAAUUCUUUAAAACUAUUGCUGGAUGAAUGGGAUACGUUUUUGCUUGCUUUCCGGCGAAGCAUGGAGGAAAUCUACUACUCGGACACUUUAGAGGAAUGGCUGGAAGAGAACGUCAACGAACACAUAGAAGCACUCCAUGAAAUGGUGGUCGACGUAGAGCGGAUCAUUAAACUUAACGGACAGCCGAAGUCUGAUCCUGGGAAAAUUUGACAAAAACGGUGACAAAGGACGUUCCAAAGGUUCCCUUGAAAUCUGACUGCUGUAAGGAUUUUCUCAUACCUCAAGGAUCAUCAUAAUUUACUCAAGGCGUUAUUUCAAGUGACACUAUGAAAGACAUGACUAAAAUAUCCAGUGUGUGUUGUCUGUUAUGGUGGCAUUGUGACACUAUGCAUUCUUAGGUUUUUUUAUUUGAACAAAAUAAUGAAUAAUACUGUAAAUUAUUUGCCUACUUUUUUAUUGUUAAUAAUUGGAAUUAUUCUAAAUGUAAUCUAUGCAACAUGCAUUUUAACACUUCUGAGAAAAACCUGUAUAGAUAGGCUACUACCGAUAAAAAAAAAUUGUGCACUUACAGAGAAAUGUUAUAACUGGAAGCCUCAAAUAGAGAUACAAGAUAUCUUUGGUGUUCUGACACGUCAAUAUUCAACACUUCAAUUUGAUUUAGUCUGAAUCACAUUAUUAACAACACUCAACAUCAACACUUUAACGGAUUUCCAGCAAUAGCAGGGUUCCUCCCUGUCCUUAAUGUCUUUAAUUCACUGUUUACCAAUGUGUGAUCAGAACAUUCAGGGCUGCACUGAGCCAGAGACACCCAAUCCUGCCACAUGUCACACCUAUUCAGUGCUUUAAAUCACAUAAUGUUUAUUUUAGGCUUCAGACACGGGCCUAUAAGCACAAAAUAAGCAAAUAAGAGUUUGUAAAAUACACACACACACUGAUGUCUAUAGAAGCGGCAAUACCAAUAUCCUCAAAUAUAAUUUGACGGAUGUGUUUUAUUCACAUCAGAUACUCAGUAUCUGAAAUGUAAGCAAUUGUUAAGAUCACUCUAUUAUUCUACCAGUUCACUAGGCACUUACUUUGUGUAUAUUGACAAAAGACAUGCAUUUGACAAUCGUUAUAUCAGAUAUUUCUUGAUAUGUAAACAGUUUGUGAAAAUUGUGAGUAAAAAAUAAAAAUGAUGUAAAA